AUGUAAGGAUAAGAUCAAAAGUAUUUGUAUUCAAAUAAGAAUAAAUUGAAAUAAAUUCAAAUUCUAAGUGAACAUAGUGAUUAUGUUAGAACUUUAAAUUUUAUGAAGAAAUAGAAUCAAUUUAUUUCUGCUGGUAAUGGUGGAUAGAUUAUUAUGGGGUCUAUGAAUGAAAAUAGUUAAUGGAUAUGUACAUAGAAAUUAAAAGAACAUUCUAAAUAUAUUAAUUGUUUAGUAAUGAAUAAUAAUGAAGAUCUAUUCAUAUCAGGAAGUAAUGAUUCUACAAUUAAAUUCUGGUUAAAGUAGAAUUAAUGGGUAUGUUCAUAAACUAUUACAGAUCAUUCACAUUAUGUUUGUGGAUUAAGUUUGAAUGAAUAAUAGAAUAGACUCAUAUCUUGUGGAAGGGAUAAAUUAAUAUUAAUAAUAGAACGAUCAUCAUAGGAUUAAAAAUGGAAUGUAAAAUAAAAGAUAUCAGUCUAAAUAUUUGGUUAUCGAUUAUGUUUUAUAAAUGAUAAUUUAUUCACAUUUUAACCUAAUGCUUAAGAGAAGAUGCAUGUUUAUGAAAUGAAUAGCAGUAAUCAUUAAUUCUAAAAGACAAAAGAAAUUCAUGUUAAAAGUGAUCAUUCUAGUUGUUAUUAUUGGUUUCCUUAAUAAUAUAUAAAGUAGAAAUGUCUGCUUGCGAAUAAGAAUGAUUACAAUGUUAAUUUAAUAAGGAACAACCAAAAUGCUGAUAUUAUAACUCAAUCAUCUAUUGAACAAUGA